AUGUCAAGAAGGCGUUCCACAAAGUUUACUAUCUUCUUAAUGCUUGAUAAUGGUAAUAGUAACUCAUUAUUGUUUCAAUCGACGCAUAUAAUUGAACGGGCGAAACGAUUGGGUAACCUUUAUGCUAGUGUUAUUGAAGAAAAUCUUAACAGUUUACCACCACAAGAAUUGGCUCGUCGUAUUCUAAAAUGUGAGGCGGAGAGAAAGAUUUCAGUAUUGCAGCAAUGCCCUGUAGAGAGCACAUGCGAGGUGAAUGAUAACAGUCCAUUGUGUGUUUAUUGUGAUGAGCCAGAAAGUAAGUACUGCAAAGAGACUGGUCGGCCGCAUAUGUGUGUUCGUACACAAACUGAUAAUGAUAAUGCUGGUGGUGAUGAUGAUGAUGAUGAAUGUACUGGAAGAGAAGAUUUGUUGCCACUGACACACGAGGAAGAGUGUUGUGCAGUGAAAAAGAUUGAUGCUGCCAAUUCUUCUUCUUCUUGCACUUCUAAUCAUUGUGUUGAAUUGACUGUAGAUCCUGUUGUGGUUUCAUCCGGUAGUUCAAGUCCACCAUCUCGUUCGGUAUCGCAAGGUGUGACGGUGAUGCAGGAAACAGCUUCAUUGACGGAGAUGAAGGAAGAAGAAACAACUCGUGAAAAGAGUGCUGAUAUUGUGGAAGUAGAUUUGAUUACCAGUCCAUGA